AUGCCAUUCAGUCGGCUCACAGGAACACAAAAACCGUGUCAAUUUUUACAGCGCACGCAUGGUGUGGAACGAACAAUUACUCGUUUGCGCUGGUUUGCGACAACGUCACACACGAUAAAUAUUGUGUACACCGAUGGAGCUGCAUCACAAUUUAAACAACGAUAUCUAUUUCAAAAUCUGACAAGAAUGAUGGCAGAAUAUGCUUUAAAAUUAUCUUGGAAUUUUUUUGCGACGUCCCACGGAAAAGGUGUCGUGGACGCCAUUGGAGGUACCGUGAAGCGAAUGGUGUGGCAAGAAAUAAUGACAAAGAAACACCUAUGUCGAACAGCUACCGAUUUCGUUGGUAUCGCGAACCAAAAAAACAAGCACAAUUAUUGUCAAUGA